CCGGUUAUGGCGGCGGUGUGUGUUUGUCCAUGAGGUGGGGGACGCCUGUAAUUCUUGCGGUCUGUGACAGAGCGAACCGAGCGAAGCGCUGCCAUGGCUGGAGUGUUUGACAUUGAUUUGGAUCAGCCGGAAGAAAAUGUUUCCGAUGAUGAGACUGACGAGGCACAAAUCAAUGACAUCAUGGACCAGUGCAGUGGAUUUGACUUCAAUAUGGAAGGUUGUGAGAAGAUCGAGAUAUCAGAAGACAAUGUCAAUCAGGGGACGGAAAAUAUUAGACCGGAGUGUUUUGAACUCCUAAGGGUUUUGGGGAAAGGUGGCUAUGGAAAGGUUUUUCAAGUUCGAAAAGUAGUUGGAGCUGCUUCGGGCAAAAUAUUUGCCAUGAAAGUCUUAAAAAAGGCAAUGAUUGUACGUAACGCCAAGGACACCGCCCACACCAAGGCAGAAAGGAACAUCCUGGAGGAGGUGAAGCAUCCUUUCAUUGUUGAUCUCAUCUACGCCUUUCAGACAGGCGGAAAGCUGUACCUCAUCCUGGAGUACCUCAGCGGAGGAGAACUUUUCAUGCAGUUGGAGAGGGAGGGUAUUUUUAUGGAAGACACAGCCUGUUUCUACCUAGCAGAGAUCUCCAUGGCGCUGGGUCACCUCCACCAGAAGGGCAUCAUCUACAGAGACCUAAAGCCUGAGAACAUCAUGCUGAACAGCCAAGGUCAUGUGAAGUUGACAGAUUUUGGUCUGUGUAAAGAGUCUAUUCACGACGGUACAGUCACCCACACAUUCUGCGGCACCAUUGAAUACAUGGCGCCAGAGAUUUUAAUGCGAAGCGGACAUAACAGAGCAGUGGACUGGUGGAGUCUGGGAGCCCUAAUGUACGACAUGCUCACUGGGGCGCCGCCGUUCACAGGUGAAAACCGAAAAAAGACCAUCGACAAGAUCUUAAAGUGCAAACUCAGCCUCCCGCCCUACCUCACACAAGAAGCUCGAGACCUCCUCAAACGUUUGUUGAAAAGAAACGCCUCUUCUCGGUUGGGAGCGGGUGCUGGAGAUGCCACAGAGGUGCAGGCACAUCCCUUCUUUCGACACAUCAACUGGGAGGAUUUGCUGGCUCGUAAAGUGGAGCCUCCCUUCAAACCUUUCCUGCAAUCAGCUGAAGACGUGAGUCAGUUUGACUCGAAAUUCACCAGUCAGACGCCCAUCGACAGCCCGGAUGACUCGACGCUUAGCGAGAGUGCCAAUCAAGCUUUCCUGGGGUUCACCUAUGUGGCGCCAUCAGUCCUGGAAAAUAUCAAAGAAAAGUUCUCAUUCGAGCCAAAAAUCCGUUCACCUCGACGAUUCAUCGGUAGCCCAAGAACACCUCUCAGCCCAGUCAAAUUCUCAGGAGGGGACUGCUGGCCCCGGAGCGCCCUCCUCCCUGGCGGAGGGCCGAGCCUCCUCCAGUCGCCUCAGGAACAGGCCAUGGAACUGUCUACACCUGAGCAGAUGGACGUGACCACCAACUCUGAAGCCUCCGCCCCUCUCCCUAUUCGUCAGCCUGCCGGGGUCAACCUGGCUCAGAUGAAGCAGCAAGCGUACCCCAUGGUGGCCAAAAGGCCCGAUCAUUUACGUAUGAACUUAUGACCCUGCUCCUUCAGAAGUUUCUCUCUUGACUUUUUUGUUUUGUUUAUAUAUUUUUUAAAGAAGCAUAAAGGUAUGGAUGCUUAGAGACUAUGUCAAUCAUCCACACACUACAGAUGCCCGCUGUUGGGCUGGGCUGUAGUUCAUUCAGUGUUACCGCAACAUUUCUUUGCCGACACCUCAGGUUUCAUGACCUUUAACCUCCAACACUACCACUAAGAAGACUGGAGAAUUUUUUUUUUUUUUUUUGGAUGAGCAACAGCAAAGAGAUUUAAUGCCAUCUACUGUACAAGUGCUUCAGUGAAGGCUCCUGGUUCAAUGAAUUAGGUAUAUUAUAGACAACAGAUCAUCCAUGUAUUAUUGACUGUAGCUUUUGCGUUAUGUAUCAAUUAUGAAUCAGAGAGCCUCAGAAACGCAUCACACGUUGACUUUUUAGUCCCGUGUUAUGGAUGACUUUGGCUUGGAGGCUCAUCAUUUAGCUGCUCCUCUUCUAAUUGGAUUAUUAAUACAUCAAUACACAAUCCAUCUCUUCUCCCAGCGCCACCAGUAGACCCGGACAGUUUGAAUGCUCAAAAGAAGGAAAAAAAAAACACUUGGGGCUGUUUUAAAAUUCCUGCUUAACAAGGGAAAAAUUAUAAUAAAACAUAAAAAUACUG